AGUUUCCUUAAUUUCUCCGAAAUCUUUAAAAUUUUUCUUCGAAUUACCAAAAUGGGAGGAGGAGUAAUGAGGGCGGCAGCGAAGGUCGCAGGGGCCGGUAUUGUUAACACCGGCCUUCCUGGCGGUGUUCAGGUGGUUCCUUCGUCUGCGGAGUACUCCGUCGUGCGCGUCGCUGCUUCUCGUUCGGGUUCUUCCGGAAUUCCUGUUUCUGGCGGUGGAGCUUGUUCGGCUUCUGAAAUGACGGCGUCGGUCAAUCAGAUGGCGUCAUGGGAAUUGGUGGACGAUUGGGAGUUUGCUGAAGGUAUUGAAGAGGAGGCGCCCACCGCCAUUUCCGUCGGAGGAAAGCCGAUUGCUCGGGUGUUGUUCGGCGGUGUUCCAACCCUUGAGGAGGCUAAAGAAGCCACUACUGAUUUGAAAGAUGCAUUGGAUAAGGCUUAUAUAUCGUCUCCAAAUUGGACCGAUGAUGCUCAUUCAUCUCGUUCAUCAUUGAUUUCAGAGGAAACUAAAGAUUGCAUUGCAUAUGAUGUUAAAGCCACUUUAGCACCAAAGCCUGCUGUUCACGCAUUCAAAUUACUCAAUGAAAGCCCUGCAGUUCAGUCUAUGGUUGCGUCAAUUGCUGCGGAUCCAAAUGUAUGGAAUGCUGUAUUGCACAAUCCGGCUUACAUGGACUUCAUCCGGUCUCAUAAGACCAGUUAUGCAUUUGAAAAUAUUGGAUCCCCCGGUGGUUGUGAGCCUUCUUCGGUAAAGAUCGAAGAAUAUUUCGAUGCAAAUCAAGUCGGGAAUCCAUUUCUGGAUUUUGUGGAGAACUUCAAGACUAGUGUGGCUGAGAUGGCUAAUAAAGCAACGGAUUUCCUUCAGAACCUCUUUACUUUACCCUCUGCUGGAGUGGAGAAAGGAAAUGCCGGAUUGAACUAUUUCGAGAAGACGAUCGGAGCCGGCCUGGUGGGAUUGGCCGUGAUGGUUAUUAUGGUUGUGCUUCUUAAACGAGUCUAGAUUUGAAGUCUGCGAAUUCGUCUAUCUUACAAAACAAAAUAUUUUCAUUUUUGAAUCGGAUGCUUUUGUGGAUGAUGAUAAUGGUG